UGUAGCGACAGUAUUACAAGUAUCGUCAUACUUCAGACAAGGAGUAGACGCGUUUAAUACAAAACCCGGAUCGAGUAGUGACAAGGCUCUCUUUUAUUCUGAAAAAAAUAAAAUAAAAAAUUCAACGUCUCUGGCAGUGUCACCUCGACUUCCGGUCUCGUGUCACGUGUGCGCGCAGCACUUCCUCCUGUACUGAGUCCCGCUCCUGUGUUUACAUGCAGCCUGCAGAAUGGAAAGACCUGCAUGAAGGUUUGCAGGGUCAUGUGAUGGCCGCUCUGUAACCCGCUGAUGAAGAUUAAACACUGACAGGACUGUGAUCUACGCUGUGGUCAGAUCUCUGCCGAGCUGGAGUCAUGCAGCACCCAAGCUUUGAACCCAGACACCCGCUGCAGAUAGAAGAGCAGGAAACCGGUUAUGACCCUCUGCACAACUAUAAUCAAAACAUCCCCCGAGACGUUCCAAACAGUGUUGCUGAGUCGACCUUUCAGUCCUACAGAAAAGAGUGGGAUGACUUGUUCCAGAACAGUAAUUAUCUGGCCCGGAUCAGGCAGGCAGGCAUUAACGGUCAGUUAAGGAGCAGCCGGUUUCGCAGUAUAUGCUGGAAGCUCUACUUAGAUAUCCUGCCUGAGGAUAAGAGCCAGUGGAUCAAAAAGACCAAGGAGCAUCGACAUGAAUAUGAGCAGAUCAAAGAGAGGCACAUCACAAACCCACGCAAAGCUGCAGGCCAGCAGGACCUGGUGGUCAACAACCCGCUGUCUCAGGAUGAGGGGAGUCUGUGGAACAAGUUCUUCCAGGAUAAAGAGUUGAGGGGAAUGAUCAAGCAGGACGUGCUGAGAACGUUUCCAGAGAUGCGGUAUUUCCAGGAGGAGGGUGUACGGACUAAACUGACCGAUAUUCUCUUCUGCUAUGCUCGAGAAAAUGAGCAGUUACUCUAUAAGCAGGGUAUGCAUGAGUUGUUGGCUCCGAUAGUAUUUGUUUUACACUCUGAUCAUCAGGCAUUUCAACAUGCCAGUGAGACCGGCACUCCCAGCGAGGAGAUGAAAGCGUUGCUGGAUCCAACGUUUCAUGAGCAUGACGCAUAUGCCAUGUUCUCACAGCUCAUGGAAACAGCAGAGCCCUGGUUCUCCAGUUUUGAGCGGGAGGUGCGCAAGGGAAAAGAAGAGAUGCUGACCAGCAUUCCCUUUGCCAGACCCCAGGACAGCGGUCCGUCUGUGGCCAUUGUGACCAAAGUAAACCGAAUUCAAGACCAGCUGGUAAAAAAGCAUGAUAUUGAACUGUACAUGCACCUGAACCGCCUGGAGAUCGCACCUCAGAUAUACGGCAUUCGCUGGGUCCGGCUGUUAUUUGGCAGGGAGUUUCCUCUGCAGGACCUGCUGGUGGUGUGGGAUGCACUGCUGGCGGACAGCAUCACUCUGGAUCUGGUGGAUUAUGUGUUUGUAGCCAUGCUGCUUUACAUCAGAGACGCAUUGAUUGCCAGUAGCUUUCAGACGUGUCUCGGCCUCCUGAUGCAUUACCCACCUGUAGGAGAUAUUCACGCUCUUCUGCACAAAGCCCUGUUCCUGAGAGACCCAAAGAAUAAUCCAAGGCCGGUCAACUAUCAGUUCCAGCAGAACCUUGAGUACUACAAAAACCACGGCACUGACUUGGUGGACAGGUCACGCUCUGUCAGCACCAAAGUGGCUCCUCUCAACAUCAAUAAGGUCUCCAGCUCUCUGCUUAGCUUUGGUAGGAAGCUCAUUGCCCCCAUAGGUGGUGGCGCCAGUGGUGUCUCACCACUCAACAGCGAAGUGUUGUCUUCUCCAUCUCCACAGCCACCUCAGGCUUCAGCUGAGCAGCCGUCCAACACCGUGUCCUCUCGCACGCAAAUCCAUGUGGCACAACAGCGGCUGCUGAAAUCUGAGAGCAUGCCUGUACAUCUUAGUAAAGAUGUAGGAUCUCCUGGAGUAUCUCAGAUCUCUCUUCCCACCCAGAUCCUAUCUGACAUGCCAGGUCAGACCUCCAGGACGGUUAGCUCCUCACCAAGCGUUGAGAGUCUGUCAGGUGGAAGGGACCAGGCCAUGUCAUCCCCUCCUCUUCCUGCCUCCAAAGGGCGGGAGUCGAGCACAUCAUCACCACCUCUCUCAGCCACGAAGAAAGAUUUGUUCUUCAACAUCAGUCGUUCACGUUCUCACAGCAAAUCCAUAGGCAAAAAGGACCUGGAAGAGUUGGAGGCCCAAGUGUCCUUACUUCAGGGGCAGAUCAAUGAUCUGGAGGCCAUGAGCAAAUACUGUGCCAAGAUGAUGAAUGUGCACAUUGGCAAGAUUCAGGAUGUGAUUCUGCAGGAGCAUCUGCAAAAAGAGGAUGAGGUGCUGGUAUCACUUGCUGGACUUAAGCAGAUUAAGGACAUCUUAAAAGGAGCACUGCGCUUUAAUCAAAGUCAGCUGGAGGCUGAGGAGAAUGAGGAGAUCACAAUAGCAGAUGAUCACUACUGCUCUACAGGCCAGGAUGGAUCCACAACUAUGGCCAACACGGAUACGGAAAUUGUUCAACCAAGCCCUCAACUGGACACCAGACACCUUUCUGAGCAAGAGAAAGAAAUGAAGACGACUAUGCCAAGUGAGGGGGCACAUACCACAGAACCACAGACUGCUGAGACGAGGAACUGGGAUGACUACAUUCUGAUCUCACAGGAUGGGGACCUUCAGCCAGCGGAGGGUGAGAUUGCUCUGCCCUUCAAGCAGGCGCGAGUUUUCGGCACGCCAGACUUUCAGGACCCUCUCAUGGGAACCACCUCUGGAUCAUCCAGCCCAGAAGAGGGCAGCACUAACAGCAAGGACUCUGAUUUUACCAUCGUUAACCCGGCUGACCUCUGAAACUUAAAAUCAUCUGAUCUUUAAUCUUUGAAUCGCUCUAAAACGGUUAAGAUAUCCUGCUGGACUUGUUGCACUUGUAAACUUAGGGCUGAUUCUCACUCCUUUUAAUCCCAUCUCCUAUCUGUCUUAACCUGGGCCUGUAUUCUAAAUAUCUCUCUAUACACCUGUAUCCUGUCACCCUUUGGUUUGCACAUCGGCUUUAGCCUACCUAUUUAAACACGGUUUAUUUGACGAAUCCUUAUACCACUGCGUAAACACGAAUAUAACUCCUUCCCUCACAUGUAGCCUGACUCCUAAUAUCACCUCGCUCUUUAUCAGUACUCUUGCUCUAUCUCUAUAUGUUCGAAUAAUGACUGUGAUGAUGUUGAUGAAGAAGAAGAGAGCAGUGGCGUACAUACAUACACCUUGUGUCUUAAGUAAGCCAGAAAGGGGAAACGUAAUGGACGUGGACUAAAUCAGUAACCUGUGCUUUCUCUUUAACAUUGAUUGUUUAUUAUCCAGUGCCUCAAUACAUGUCUGUUUAUAUCGUCCAUCCUGUUCUUCUGUUCCAAUGUGUUUUUCUAAAUAAUUUUAACAAAUAGAUUGCAAUGUAAGAUUUUGCUAAAUUAUGUUUUCCAUCCUUUUUUUUUUUUUUUUUUUUUUAAAUCCUUGAUAUGUGAACUGUACCUUUUUGGUUUCUUUUGUUUAAGUUCUUUCAGCCCUCAAGGUAUAGCGUUGCACGUAUGGGAUGCUGGAAUGAUAUUAACUCCAGAAGAAUAAAAGGCUCUUGCCGUAACCCUGAGUACUUCGGA